AUGGCUCCUCGGUACGCACCAAGUCUGCGCUCCCGUCUGGCACCUCUGCUGCUCUUUCUGCAGAUAGGGUUCAUUGUCAUAUAUGCCUUCUACACUGAGAUCGACAGCAAUGUAAAAGCAGAUGGGACUACCUUCAGCAGCUUUUACUCAGAGUUCCAGGAUGUGAAUGUGAUGGUGAUUCUAGGUUUUGGCUUCUUGUGCACUUUUCUAGUGCGGUAUGGUUUCAGUGGCUCUGGGUUCAACCUCCUUGUGGCUGUCAUUGCCACCCAAUGGGCUCUUAUACUCAAUGGAACUGAGUCCUGGUAUUACAGAGGAAAGAUCCGGAUACAUUUGAGAAGCAUAGUAGUUGCUGAGAUGUGUGCUGCCUCUGCCCUCAUUUCAAUUGGGACCAUGGUGGGGAAGACCAACCCUGUUCAGCUCAUCCUCAUCGCCCUGCUGGAGGUGUCAGGGUUCGUCCUGAAUGAAUGGCUCCUCCAGACCCUGCUGAAGGUCCGGCCUCUCAGCAGCAUCAUGCUGCUUCACAUCUUUGGGGCCUUCUCUGGACUCAUGCUGACCUGGAUCCUGUAUCGGGAGAGAUCCAUGCAGCGUUUUGAAAAAGAGAAAUAUGACCGCAAAACAGCAUUAUUCUCCAUGUUAGGCACCGUGUUUCUCUGGAUGUUUUGGCCUAGUUUUAAUUCGGUCCUUCUGGACAAUCGUAUUCCUGGGAGGAGGCUAGGGGCUGUGUGCAGCACCUACCUGGCCCUGGCUGUCAGUGCUGUAACUGCAGCUGCUGUGUCUGUGCUCUCGAACCCCAAGGGAAAACUCAACCUGAUCCAAAUGCAGUCCUGCAUCCUUGCUGGCGGUGUUGCUGUUGGGGUUUCUAUGGCAGGCAUUCAUCAGCCAUGGGAAGCCAUGACAAUCGGAUUCGCUGCUGCUGUUGUAUCAACAAUUGGAUUCCGAUACCUCAAGAUCCACAUGCUGCUUGCAUUUCAGUGCCACGACACCUGUGCUGUCCUGAGCACACAUGGACUCCCUGGUCUACUGGGAUGGGUAGCACAACUCGUCCUACAGAUCAAAGACUGUGAUGAUCACACAACGGCAAUCCGGUUUGCUGUAUUUCAUAUUUCUACUCUCCUCAUCACCAUCAGUGUAAGUCUGUCUACAGGAAUCAUUACAGGGUUCCUACUCAAGUGGAACUUCUGGAGACCACCCCAAGACAAGAAAUGUUUUGAUGAUCAGGCUUUCUGGGAGUUUCCCCAUCUUGCAGUUCGCAAGUAAGGAUAUGGAGACAGAAGCCGACCAAGUCUGACCCUACAAGUAAAAACUACUUUUGGUGUAUAUUCAUGUCAAUGUAUAGAAUUUCAUAAUUAUUUUUUACUGCUGUGCAAAGUAGUUGUUUUUAUGUGUGCAAGAUAAAUAAAACGCAAGAAUGUAAGACUCA